AUGCAAUCCCCAGCCGACGAGAUCCCUGGCGUCGUCAAAGCCCUCGUCGAAGCCCCCACGCCUGACGAUCAACGAGCAGCCCUGCAGCGCUACUUCAGCCCAGAUGCAUCCUUCGACCAUAUGCUCUGUGCCGUCGCUUCGGGCCCGCAAAGCCGUGAUAAUGGGGUGUUGCCCAUCUAUUACUGGUUGAGGAUUAUGAGCAAUUCUAGCAUCAGGAUCGACAGUGUCGCCUUCGACCAACGCAAGAACAAAGCCUACGUCGAUGCUGCUCAGACGCUUCGCCCAAAUUUGUUCCCUUUCUCGCUCUACACGCCCACAGCCCGCAUCCUCGUCGUCCUCUCCCUGCACAAGGGCGCGGACGGCCUCUUCUACGUGCAUCGCCAGGAGGACUUCUACGAGCCUCAGGUCAUCCCCGGCCAGGUCAUCCCCGGCGGACAUACGGUGGUUUUGGCCAUCAAGCUGUUGAUUGGCGUCAACUGCUUGGUUCUGGCGUGGAUCGUGCAGACUUUCCUUGGCUUUUGGAGACCAAGUAAGAGGGGCAUCAAGGGCGGGAAGCUGGUGAAUGGGCGAUAA